AUGGUAGAAACUCACAUAUUCACCAACUUAUUAGCUUUCGGAUCAGGAGGACAGGAGCAGCAUGCUCGUCUUAUCUCCCUUGGCGGGGUACCCGUCUGGUCCCGGCUUGUCCGACCUGGGAGCAGACCCGGGCCUUCCCGGGCUCCGCGACCCGGAGUACUAAUGAGGAAGUCGGGCGCUGAGCCCCGAGGCUGUCUUAUCUGCCCGGGUCAACCACCACCGAGAAGGGCGGGCAGCGAAGGACCACCGAGCCAGCCCCCGGGCUCUGACCGUUGGCGCUCUGACCACUUUGAUGUCCCGCGCCUGCCUAAUCAAGUUCAUCUCCUGGCCGCGGCCGCUCGCAUCCAGAGAGAAGCAUUCAACAGGAUAUGUAUGCCUUCUGAUCACAGUCCUUUCCACCGAGGAGAAAUCGAGGAAACCAUUAUCGAAAGCAUUGGUAACGAUCACAGCACCCUGGAUGGGUAUUCUCGAAGAACUACGCUGCCCUCGAAACUGUAUCAUACCAAAGGACAAGAAGGUUCCGUCUGUCUCCGAUCGUCAGACUGUGCCACGGGGCUGUGUUGUGCCCGACACUUCUGGUCCAAGAUCUGUAAACCUGUCCUCAAAGAGGGUCAAGUGUGCACAAAGCACAGGAGAAAGGGCUCCCACGGGCUGGAGAUAUUCCAGCGCUGUUACUGUGGAGACGGCCUGUCUUGCCGGAUGCAGAAAGAUCACCAUCAAGCCAGUAACUCUUCAAGACUCCACACCUGUCAGAGACACUGA